AGAGAGAGAAGGCCCUUUGGAGGAGAAAACACAGCAAGGAACAGCCAUCACAAAUAAGGAGGACAAAUCGGGGGAUAUUGGAUCGUUUCGAAGUUGGAAGUGGUGGGGGAACCAGCCGAAAAGACGACCGCAGUGAGUCCGGAGCUGUUUAGGGCUGGUUUGAUGCAGAGCAUGAAAAGGAGCCGGAUGGCGACGGAAGCAGUGAGAAUAUCUCACAUGUAGCUCGCCUGGGUGUAAAUAUUAUUUUCCUUCCUCCUGUCCUGCAGGGCCCCCCCCCUCCUCCUCCUCCUCCUCCCCGACGAAGACAGCCGUCGGGGAGUCAGAGAAACAGAUAGAGAGCAUAAGUGUACACCUAUGGAAACGUUUAUCAUGAAAGGAGACGUGGAAACGAGCCGCGGCACAGCACGGGCGAGCUUUUCGGACACGCCGAGUUCGGCUUCUUGUCACGGGCAGCAGUGAGACGCAAGACCCGGGCUUUUUGGAGAUGCAAAUUAGGCUGUUUAUUCUGCCUCCGUUCGAGGUGAAGCCCCGAUUUUUGGUAUCGUAACGGACAUUGUGGAUUACAGUAUUUGUGGUUACACGGUCGACGGGGGGAGAGAGAGAGAGUGGGGGGAAACUAAACAAAAACUAUACUGCAUGUGAAGGAGGAAAAAAAAAAAAGAGCCCGAGCAGGAUUCAGCAAACUGAGAAGGCGGCCUCGGUGUCGUCAGCAACAGUAUCCUGCCCUUUCUCUGACAGCAAAAUACGCGUUAUGGACACAUAAUUUCUCCAGUGCUGCACCACGGACAGUUUUUGGAGCAGGCCAGGGACGCUAAACGGUGUAAAUGUGGGUGACAUUGCUGCCAAAAUCUACGGGUCAAACGAGGGAUCUAGACUAGUUUGGUUUAUUUAUUUAUUUUUCUUUCUACAUACCCCCACCACCACCUCCACUUCUUCUUGUUCUUCUUCCACCUCCUCCUCCUCCUCCCCUGGACCCCCUUUUUUUUUUCUUUUUUCUUGCGGGAAGAUGGGUUGUUUGGGCAACAGUAAGACCGAAGACCAGAGAAAUGAGGAGAAGGCACAGAGAGAAGCAAACAAAAAGAUAGAGAAGCAGCUCCAAAAAGACAAACAGAUAUACAGAGCGACACACAGACUACUACUUUUAGGAGCUGGAGAGUCAGGAAAGAGCACCAUAGUGAAACAGAUGAGGAUCCUACAUGUCAACGGCUUCAAUGCAGAAGAGAAGAAGCAAAAAAUUCAGGACAUCAAGAAUAAUAUUAAAGAGGCUAUUGAGACCAUAGUAACAGCGAUGAGCAACCUGACACCCCCAGUGCAGUUGGCGUGCCCUGAGAGCCAGUACCGGAUUGAAUACGUCCUCAACCUCGUCAACCAGAAGGACUUUGAGUUUCCAUCUGAGUUUUACGACCAUGCGAAGACGCUGUGGCAGGAUGAGGGGGUCAGGGCGUGCUACGAGAGAUCCAACGAGUACCAGCUAAUCGACUGUGCACAAUACUUUCUAGACAAGAUUGACAUUGUGAAACAGAGCGACUACACUCCAACAGAUCAGGAUUUGCUGCGGUGCAGAGUACUGACUUCUGGGAUCUUUGAGACAAGAUUCCAAGUGGACAAAGUUAAUUUCCAUAUGUUCGAUGUUGGGGGUCAAAGAGACGAACGCCGGAAAUGGAUCCAGUGUUUUAACGAUGUAACGGCCAUCAUCUUCGUGGUAGCCAGUAGCAGUUACAACAUGGUGAUCAGAGAGGACAAUCAGACCAACCGAUUACAGGAGGCACUCAACCUUUUCAAGAACAUCUGGAACAACAGGUGGCUGCGGACCAUUUCUGUCAUCUUGUUCCUAAAUAAACAGGACCUGCUAGCAGAGAAGGUGCUGGCAGGAAAGUCCAAAAUCGAGGAAUACUUUCCUGAAUUUGCUCGCUACACCACACCUGAUGACGCAACACCGGAGCCUGGAGAAGAUCCACGUGUUACGAGGGCAAAGUACUUCAUAAGAGAUGAAUUCCUGAGGAUCAGCACAGCAAGCGGGGACGGGAGGCACUACUGUUACCCACACUUCACCUGCGCCGUCGACACAGAAAACAUCCGCCGCGUCUUCAACGACUGUCGAGACAUCAUUCAGCGGAUGCACCUGCGGCAGUACGAGCUGUUGUGAUGGGAGAGGAAAAGGGGUUCGGCCAAAAAACGCAAGAACAGAUCGGACUAUGAGAAACCCUGAACCCUGAGUCUCUGAACUCCCCUCUUCCACAGAAGCGUGUGAGCUCUUAUGAAGGAAUGGGGGCCAAAACACACACACACACACAAACAAACAAACAAACAAACACACACACACACAUAUACAUUCUGACAGUAAACACACCCUGAACCGAGAACUUCCCCUGAUGCAAACUCCUGCUGUAGACAGAGCUGGUUUUUUUUUUUUUUUUUUUUUUUUAAUGGAAGGGUUUGAGGGGUGAACACAUGAACAAACUCUGAUCUCCACCUUCAGCCAUGCUCCCAGCUCCUCAUCUCUCGACAUCAUGCAUCAUCCCAGUUAACUUCAACUUUCCAAAAAAAAAAAAACCCUGACUGGCUCAGUCUGGACUGUAUUUCCUGCAGUGGGGAGGGUUUUAGCUGCGGUUGAGACUGUAAGAUUUCCCUCUUGUUCAGGUCGGGAUGAAAACUGAGAGAGCUACUAUUUCAGUGCAACUAGGAAAGAGAUAAAUGAUGAAUUACUGCAAAUAGAAAAUAAACAUGUCACAACAGAUCAGCUGAACACUGUAUCUAACAAAAAAACAAAAAACACAAGCACUGUGCUCAGGACUGGACUCAAACCGUGUACACAAAUCCUUCCUAUCACUUACACACAUCCAUGAAUCCAACCACACAAGAUCUGUUUGCACACAGAAACGUAUCACAUCUGCUUUUUAUCGGACUGCGCAACUGCAGUGGCUGCCCCCAAACAUACUGAUCUGCUGACGAGCAGCAGGCUCGUCGAGCUGCUGGCGGAUUUUUCCGGCACAGUGCUUUGAGAUUAAACCGACUGAGUGACCGACUGCGCCGCCGAGCCCCGAGGAGCAGCAGCGUUACUGCAGACUACACGGACCAUGGGUGUGUGCUGCGACCAGUCAGGCCGCAGGGGGGGUGCAAGGGUUCACAAAUACAGGACAGAGCCGACUUCGAUGUGAAUUUCUCUGAUGGAGUCCGGACACGUUUGACAGGGGCGACGACGGUCCCUCAGCCUCUCCACAGAAUUGUUUUGCCACCUGACUUUGCCUUGCUGGUAGUGGAGCAAAACACGAGGAGAAUAUAUUGAGUUUGAAACAAAAAGAAACAAAAAAAAUUGCCAUCUUUUAUGGAACUUGACAAACGGAGGGCAAAAAGCAUCCUUCUACAGUACAGUACCAUAUAAGUUAAAGAGAACUCUCAUCUUGUCAUGAUUGACCCUGUUUUACUGUCUCCACAGCUGUUUUUGUCUGUGUAGACUUUUGUGCCAUUGUGCCCUGUGCGCUCUCUUUCUUUAUCUUUACGCUUUCUGUCUCUGUCAUUCUCUCCUUUUUUUUUUCAACCCUGCUCUUUCUGCUCCGAGGGUUUUACUCACUUCUUCAUCUUCACAUUUCUCCCCCACUCUCUUUUCACUCCCCCUUCCUCCCAUCCAACACCUUACCAUACGCACUCUUACCUUUCUGGCAGUGCUCUUUUGUUUUUAAGAGAAAAUGGAAAUAUAAUAAACCUGGAAUAUUAAAAAAAAACAAGAAGAUAAUGACAACAAGCGGGACACUAAUUUUUUUUUUACUUAUGUGGUCAAACAACCUGCUCGCACCUCCCUCCUGCCAUUCCUCCCUCUGUCAUUCCUCCUUCCUCCCCGACCUCUUGCUCCUUUGUAUGUCUGUCUUUACUUUACUGCUGAACUAUUAUUCUUGUACAGACUGUAAAAUGUAUUAUUUUGUACAACUUUAUUGAAAAAAAAAUAACUUUUAGAAGAUCCCUGUGCCUUGAUCACGACUGUACGUGUGUAAUGAGCUAAAGUGGGUGUCAUACUGCGCUGUAUAGCUUGGCCAAUCCCCUCCUAACUCCCUGCCUCCCUCGCCACUUCCUUCUCACUCUUUUUUCUCUCUUUCUUUACACACACCCCCCCCCCCCCCCCCCCCCCCCAUCUGUCUCUCUCUCUCUUUCUCCUCUGUCCUCUCUCGCUCUCUCUCCUCGGGGAUGGAGGACAACCAUUCGUAGCUUUUGUAGUUUUAUUUCUCUUUUCCUAUCCACCCAUUCUUCUUUAUGAUUUAAAUGUCUAUUUUUGGAUCCAUAUACCCCAAAAAGAUAAAUAUAUGAAAUGUAUAUGGGUUUUAAAAAAAAAGUAUUUUAUUAGAAUCAAAUGAACCUUGACAAAUUGUACACUUGAUAGUGUGCGUAUUGCUAUAACUUAAAUCCUUUCAACUGAAGUUGUGUUCAGGUUUCUUUUGUUUUCUUCCGUUGACAUCUGCAAAGGACAUUGUGAAGGGUUAAAGAGGAGAUGACAAAUGCAAAACAUUGCUUGUUUCGACACGGAUCGUAUUCUUUUGCUAAAAAAAAAAAAGGCCACAAAAUGAAGAAAAAAAAUAAAUUUCAGUUUAUUUUCUGAUGAGGAGGGGAGGGAGAGGGG